UUGAAAAGCGUUUCAAAUUUGAUACCAUGUUAUGUUAUCGAUGGACAGCGACUUGAACGAUUGCUAGUUCAAGUCAACCCGCAAAUCUUUUAUUUUUAUUUCUUAAAGGGACAAGGACAAAAUGCGUCGCUCGCAGGCUCCUUCCGUGCGUCAGGCAGCAAAACGCGGAUAUCAAGAAGUGGCGCCGCAAGAGGAGCCGUCGCUGGCUGAUUGGCCCGCCGUGACACCAGCCAUGGAAUGGGGCACAGCCAAGGGCUACGAGAGCAUGGGACCACGGGAACUGAAACCCGGCGAAAGUCCACUCAAGGAUAGCCGCAUCUUUCACGUGCUCUGGCGGAAUCAGACCAACAAAAAGCACAAAAUUUGGACAGGCAAUGGCACCCUGGUGAUAACCGAAUCUAAGGCCACGCUCAAAGAUGACACGGGAAAGGUUGUGGGCAGCAUGACAUGCUUCCGGCAGAGAAACUACAAAGAAAACGAUCAGCUGCAGAUUGGCAGCAAGGAUGUGGAGCUGCAAGAUGAGUUCAAGACCGUCGAGGAGUGCAUAGCCUAUCGGAAACUGGAAAUUGCAAAUUGGUGUGCAAAAAUUGAUGCACUAAACGGCCAUGUAGCCACUCCCACUGCGCACAGGGCCAUAGAUUCACCAGCUUCCACCCAAGUCGAGGGCCAUACUGAAGUCAGCAGACCCAUUAGGACGUGCCUGCUGAAGAAAGGCAAUGCCCCAGCUGUCACCUGCACCCAAAUCGAGUACAUGUGCUUCCUGCAGCCCGCGGAACUUCAAGCCAAAGCACUUAAGUUUCUCUGUGAACUCAGUCAACGCUCGGACAAGGAACCCGACAUCAUUGCUGAAAUGGCCAAGCAUAUUUGCGAUCAUCCUGUGCUGCUGAAAGCCCGAACUCUCGAGCUGCAAAACUGCAAGGCGAUGCAGUUGCUGUUGAGCCAGCUGCCGCCCUGGAAGGAAAUGGGUCCCGACGACUCGGCCAAAUUUGAGUUUGUGCAUCUGAUGCUCGAUGACUUGGCUGUGGCAGGCGGCCACAAAUGCUGCGUUGUCGCCAACAGUCAGGAUUGCCUGCAGCUGAUCAAAGGCUACUGUCGAUCCUAUGACAUACCACACAUGCAGCUGGAUAAUGCCAGCGAUGUGGCGUCGUUUAACUGCACAGAGGAUCAGUCGCCCCUGGUUGCCUUGGUAUUGGCCAGUCGCGCAUCAGAGAUACGUUCGCUACGCUGCAAAUAUUUCAUCAUUUACAAUUAUGACGCGAGCUCAAGGGCGGAACAGCUGUUGGCUGGCCAGCAAAUGGACACAAAAGUCUAUACAUUGAUUACCGCUGAUGAAUGCGCAGAGGAGCUGGAUUUUUAUAGGAGCCUAGAGCUAAACGCUGGCGGCAAUAUUCUCCAGCUUCGCGCUAAGGCAAAGAACGCUUUGGCCGAUUGGUCGAAUGUGGAACCACCUUACAGCCAAGAGUUUCUCGAGCAAGCGUCCAUCAGCGUUAGUCUAGAGAGCCUAAGAAACAUUUUCAUAAAGAAAAAGUCAAAUGUGAAGUAAAUAAAACAGGGAAUGGAACAUUUAACGUUGUUGCAUGACAACUCUUUGGGGGAAAGCUAUAAAGCUUUCUUGCUUUAUUUAUUAUUUUGAUUAUAGUUGAAUGAAUGAAUA